CAUUGGGUCAGAAAAGGAAAAUAACAUCAGAUUUAUCUGCUUGCACCUGGAAACCAAAAACUACUAUGGUCUCUGCAACAGUAUGGAUACCAGAUAUAGAUUGUAAGGGAUCAGAGCUCCCCACAAUCGAUCCCAUGUCACUAUCUUUAUUGGGGUACCUGAGGCUUAGCAAACAUUUCCUUCAUAGCCACAUUCAGUACACUGUCAAUUAUGAGAAAAUGGAUGCAGAUACCAACAACAGAACACCAUAUGUAGUCAUUGAGGGCGAAACCCUCUAUUCUAUAGAGGAGGUCCGGAAAACAAAAUUCAUCUUGGAAAAAGUAAGGGGCAUUCCACCACAUUGUUGUGUACCACUUAUAGCAAGGCUGAUAGGGGAUAUUGAGAAUGCAUGCUAUUAUGGACUCACGUUUUUAUAUCCAAAUAUAACAUGGCGUCCUCAACCUUCUGUUCCGGUGCUCGAACUUUUGGAGAAACAUAUGUUUAAUGCUUGCGAAGCUCUUAGUGAAAUACUGGGUGAUAAUUCACAUUUGCUGGAUAAAUGGUAUAGCAAAGGUUACAUGUUUCCAUCAUAUCUAGAUGCCAAAUUGUUUGGUGCAGCAAUUGUUAUACAAAAAUGUUUCAAGAACAACGGCUAUGGUUAUGGAAAUAGAAGGAUGAAUACCCAAACAGGCACGGCCCAAAGGGAAGAUGUUAUAAGCAGGACGGUUUAUGUAUACGACAUUGAUCAUCAGGUGACUGAAGAGCAGCUCACAGCACUCUUUCGUAGCUGUGGACAGGUUUUCGAUUAUCGUAUAUAUGGUGAUGCCAAUUCUGAACUUCGAUUUGCCUUCAUUCAGUUUGAAGAAAAAGAAGGUGCAAGUAGUGCUCUGAGUCUUGCAGGAACUACGCUUGGGUUUUAUCCCGUUGGAGUACUUCCUUCCAGAACUGUGAUUGGACAGGAUAAUCGAACCGUUCUUCCAAGGGUUACUCAAGCAGAUGUCAAGCUGUUCUUCGAGUCCUUUUGUGGACAGGGAUCUCAGUAUUGUUCGAAUAUAUAUGGCAUUUUGAGGAGGCAUUUGAAUUUGGAAGCAUAUCUUGAUAGGUUGCAUGCGCAACUAAUCUUACCACUAUGGCACAAAUGUAAGUAUUCCCUUGAUAGUUCAACUCGUGAAAUAUUUAUUUUGAGAAUUGUAAUUAAUAUCAAUUUUGUAUUGAAUGCUCAUGCAGCUGUCAUAUAUAGUGAUGACUGGAAACAGGAUCCUGAGUUCCUUGAUAAUUUGAUAGAUUCUAGAAUUGGUGGAGGUACAGCUUAUGUCUAUUCAUGCCGAUCUGAUAAACAACACUUGUUACGGUUGGACCAAGGAGAGUACGCUUUGAAGGUUAAAAUAAAAGCGAUAGAGGAGGAACUCUACUAUCUUGAACUCUUGCUACAUAAGUCUUUCAUAGAUUUAUGUGGGUAUGGCAUCUGGUGUGAGGGGAUUAGAAUGACGCCUACGAAAGCAUUUCUGGUUUUCCCUUUAAUGAAGAAGGGGAGUCUAUUUUCAAACAUUGAAGAGUUAGAUUGGCGAACUGCAUUUAAAGUGGUACGACAAAUAGCAUACUCCUUGCAUAUACUACACAGUAGUCAGUUGGUAUUUUGCGAUUUGAAGCCACAGAAUGUACUUCUUGAUGAUAAUGACAACGCAAUUAUGUGCGAUCUUGAGUCGAUUCGACAUCAAUUUGCAGAUGUGGUUCAACAAACAAGUAGUUACAAUGAUAAAACUAAAGUUGCAGUGCCCAGUUUCGAUAUGUAUUCGUACGGCGUGAUGCUCUUACAGAUUCUCACAGAAGAAUGCUUACCAAAUUCCAGUGGUCCUAGAAUUAGCAUUCAAAGAAGGUUUGCAGGUUAUAGAAUUAGAGAAACACUGUGGAACACUGGGUGCAAAGGAAGGAUAGCAAAUGACAUGAUCACGUUAGCCUUAGAUUGCAAAAAAACCAGCCGACCAUCUGCAAUUGAAACCAUGAGAAGGUUGGAUGCCAUUGGCAAACCGGAGCCAUGACAAGGUAUGGCGGAGGAAUCACUCCUGAAGGAAGAAGGGAUCACUCCUAGAACAAGAAGGAAAAAGAGCCAUAUUUGUGGACUCUUAGACCUAUUCUACUUUACAAAAGUUUCAACCCAAAACUCUAUUUCCUAAUGCUACUGAAAACUUCAAAUUGCAAAAUGGAGGAGCAAAAUCUUCCCUUCUCUAUAUGUUUCUUCUACUUUUAAGUUGUCGGAAUUAUCCUAAGCAUGAAAUUCUUGACACAAGGCAAAGAUCUUAGUGUAACAGCUUGUAUCUGUGUUUAUUUUGCAGCCCCAUCAUCCAUGUCUUUGAGAAAACUAGGAAAAUACACCAUGUUGACUUGGGCACUUGGAAAGAAGUAUGCUUGGUAGAUACAAGAGAAAGACAAGCUUUGAUUAGAAAAGCUGAGAGUAAUUGGCUUAAAAAAUUUAAAGAACAAUAAAUACUAGAUAUUUUCAAGGUCUUCUUAUUAUCGGGAAACGGAGUCUUAAUACUUUCUAAUUAUCAAACUUUCAUCAACAAUCAAAAGGGUAAGUGGAGAAGGAAAAUUAAAACAUGACCGCAGCAUUGGGUUCAUUGUUUUUUUCACAACCCAUCAUUUUGACCAAAAACUGAAGGAAGUUCCAAUGCAUAAGAUCAUAGAUAAAAGUAGUCAAGUCACAUGUAUGUAAAGACAAGUCUGUGCCACUCACUCUUACUGGAAAAUCCCAACUCUCCCAGUUUUACUACUUCUUUCUCUUCUCAUUUUUAAAAAAUUGAUCUUCUACACACCUAGGUUCGAUGUUUCACUCAUCUGCUCACUCUAAGCUUUGUCCAAUAUAACAAUCUUGAAAACCGAAAUCCUAUCAGAUGCAUACUGGUAUCAUGGCAGAGAGAUCCUAUUUGAUUCUAUAUUGCUUCUAUUACUGCUCCAACUAUUAAUUCUAUUUUGCUACCAUCACUGCUCCAACUAGUGAAUCUAUUGUGUCUACCAUUACUGCUCCAACUAGUGAAGCUUGUGCAUAUUCUUCUUAGUUCACCUUAUU